GAACGCUCGCCGCCUUGUAAGCACGAGUCACGGUCACGUUGUGUGCUUGUGGUGCCUGUGUUGCAUGGUGCCGCAGCAGAGCCCCCAGCAGCCCACGCCUCUGUACUGACGGGGCGCUGCUUCCUGCUGGUGUGUGUGUGUGUGUGGUGAGGUGCAGCACACAGCCACGCCCGGGCACGUCGCAGCAAGGUGACUUAAUACAUGUUCUUCAACGUAUGGCUGUUUCCCAAGGCCACAUAGAAGAUUCACCGGGUCCCGUGGGUAAUGUUCCCCCUCAAGAAGCAGAGGCCGCGUAAAACUAUCACCAGUUCACAAAACAGUCCUUGAAAACCCCGGCAACUUCCGCGAGAGGCUUCUCAAACAGAAUUCUCAUCCACAACAAUGACUCGGCCAUUCAACAAAGAGGAGUCAGAUGAGGACGAAGGGAGGCUACCACAGUCUGUCCCUUCGCCGGUCUGCCCAAGCCCGAACCCUAGCCCCACAGCCUCACCCCCACCCUUUCCCGUACAGCCCCCCGCCGCCACAGAGAACUCCUUCCUCACGCCGAAUGAAGAGGAGUUCCAGACCUACUUUGACAAUGAGAAGAUUCACAUUCCUGAGUCUGAGAACAAGAUGUUCAGCUUCCGCAAGUUGUGGGCGUUCACGGGCCCCGGCUUCCUCAUGAGCAUAGCCUACCUGGACCCGGGCAACAUAGAGUCUGACCUGCAGUCCGGGACAGCUGCCAGCUACAAGCUGCUGUGGGUGCUGAUGUGGGCCACGGUGCUGGGCCUGGUGAUGCAGCGGCUCUCGGCCAGGCUGGGGACGGUGACUGGGCUGCACUUGGCCGAGGUUUGCUACCGUUACUAUCCCAAGGUGCCGCGCCUCCUGCUCUGGAUCAUGGUGGAGAUCGCCAUCAUCGGCUCGGACAUGCAGGAGGUGAUCGGGACCUCCAUCGCCCUCUACUUGCUGUCCAACAAGGCUAUCCCUCUCUGGGGCGGUGUGCUGCUGACCAUCGCUGACACCUUCACCUUCCUCUCGCUGGAUCGGUAUGGCCUGCGCAAGCUUGAGGCGUUCUUCGGACUCCUCAUCUCCGUCAUGGCCGUCACCUUUGGCUACCAGUACGGCGUGUCCAAGCCAGACCAGGUGGAGGUUCUCAAGGGUCUCUUCAUCCCUGGUUGCUCUGGCUGUGAUAACCGGGCUCUCCUCCAGGCUGUGGGCAUCGUGGGAGCUGUCAUCAUGCCCCAUAACCUGUACCUCCACUCGGCGUUGGUUAAGUCACGCGAGGUGGACCGCAGCAAGAAGGAGGAGGUGCGGGAGGCCAACAAGUACUUCUUCAUCGAGGCGAGCAUUGCCCUCCUCACCUCCUUCAUCAUCAACGUCUUCGUCGUCGCUGUCUUCGCCAAGGGGCUCUUCGGGGUCACCAAUCAGGAGGUGUAUGACCGCUGCAAUGCCACGCAGAACAGCCACAUCGACGUCUUCCCGGAGAACGAUGAACUGGUGGACGCCGAUCUCUACAAGGCCGGGGUGUUCCUGGGCUGCACUUACGGCCUGGGCUGCAUGUACAUCUGGGCCGUGGGCAUCCUGGCGGCCGGGCAGAGCUCCACCAUGACUGGCACCUAUGUGGGACAGUUUGCCAUGGAGGGCUUUCUGAACCUGCGCUGGAAGAGGUGGCAGCGAGUGUUGCUGACGCGGACAAUUGCCAUCACCCCAACCUUCUUUAUUGCCUUUUACCAGGACAUCAAUGACCUCACUGGGAUGAAUGACCUCCUCAACGUCAUCAUGUCCCUGCAGCUCCCCUUUGCUCUCAUCCCCACCCUGACCUUCACCUCAGCUCACAAGGUUAUGGGCGACUUUAAAAAUGGAGUGUUCACCAAGGUCCUGACAUCGCUUCUCUCAGUAUUAGUCAUUGCCAUCAACUUGUGGUUCGUCAUCACCUUCCUGCAGACCAGCAUCACCGGCCAGUGGUGGGCGUACCUCAUAGUGAGCAUGCUUGGCAUCUUCUACUUCAGCCUCAUCAUCUACCUCUCCCUCUACCUGGUGCCGGCGUUUGGCUUCAACUUCUGCUGCAACAUUCCGUUCGUAUCCGACCAUAUAGAGGAGGCGGCGUACAUCCUGGACGACCUGUCCGAGGAGGUGACUGAGGGGGUACCUGUGACAUUCUACUCUGGACAGCAAGCUUUAACCUCAGAGGAACCCAACUAGCAUUAAUCUACUUCAGAAAAGGAAACAAGAUCACACAACCAUCCCGAGAGCUUUGACACACCCACCAGCAAGGGAAAGACAACCCUCACAACCAGCGGAAGCCCCUCAACCCUCCACUGCCCAUGUAAGGAAGGGUAACAUUCUCCUUGGCAUAUUUGUUCAGUCGAGUCUGUAAAUAGAAAUUGAUUAGGAGGGCGUACCUUGGACAGCGUUGAUCGGUCACGUCUAUACAAAUUAUGCCAAAGUCCAUCUUAAGGCAAAGUUUGGGGCAUUUGCUAAGCUGCGUGUGGCCUCGGUGCUCAUCACUGUCGCUGGAAGUUGUUGGGUCUUUGUAGCUUAAAAAUUUCCUCUCUGAAUUGUCUGCUCUCUUUAUUAAUUGGAUCUCACAUAUUUUCCAAAGCCAUAAAUUCAGCUUGGGUGAGAAAAUGGAUAGUUGUCAGUGUAAAGAUUUAGCACUGUUUACACUGAUCAUAGUAGACCAUUUUCAUCACUCAGCUCAAUGUUCUAUAGUAAGUCUUUAUCCUGAUAUGAGUUUUUUAGAAUGGGUCAUAUAGAUUGGCAAAAAUAUUCAUACCAUAUAUUUGCAUUGGGUCUUGCUGCCUUGCAAACCCUCCUGGCCCUCCAGUUCACACAACCCAUCACCAAGGUCAUCACAGGGAGCAAACAGUUCUUGCUAGUGGAGCAAUACCAACACAGAGGAUGUUUACUGGGAAAAUGUCUAAGCCCUUCCUCAUAUCCAUGCCAUACAUUACGACUGACUGCCUGAUCCAGUGUUCCUUAAUAUUUUCUUUCUGCAGGUCAGUCUUAUUUCAAGCACCACCGUCAUGACCCUUUUGGAAACUCCUUUACAGUACGUAGCUUAUGACACAGACGGGGUGGGGCUUAAUAUCAUGUCGCCGGUCCUCACACCAUUUCGCCAACAACUCUGUGACGCAUAUCAACUUUGUUUUAUCUGUGUGUGAAAGAGAUUAUGGUGGAUUUUUUAUUAGAGAAGCUCUUUGCGUUACAGUGGUGCUAACGUUUGAAUGUGCCGAGUGCUGUGUGCUGUUAAGUAGUCAAUGUAAUUCAUAUUUUCGUUUUGUAUUGUGAGUUCUGGAGUCUGAGAGUUUGAAGAGAAUGGGUGGCAGGCACAUUUGCAAUUUGGUGUUAUAAUUUUCAUAUUUUCGUGGCCUUGCACACCUUUGGGUUGUGAGGAGUGAUGGAGAAGCGCAGGUAUGAUGAGGCUUUGCUAGAUGGUGACUCGGUGCUUCAUUUAAACUUAAGAGCGUGCGUUGUAGUCGUCUAUGCGCUUGGCACCACACAGAACAUACAACUCAUAUCAAAUUUUUAAAGAAUACAUUGCAGUGCCUUAUGCUCUAUCACUUACUGUUGUCUGAUGCUCUGUGGAGGGUUGGAGUUGUUGUUAAAAGAGUAAGAAGCUAUUUUGACUCAACAUUGAAGUGGAAAAUAAUGUUUAGAGAAAGAAGCAUACAAGCCUGGCCAUGUAUCCUAACACUUUCAUGCAGAGUCUGGUGUCCAUCCGCUCUUGAGGGUUUUACAUACCAAUUUCCUGGACAGUACACUUCAAUACGUAUCUCAGAGCUUCCACAAGACAAUACUUUGGAACGUCAGGCAGUUGAAGGGCAUUGUAUUGGGAGUAUCAUCUUAGGACCAGCAGCUACAGAGUUUACAUCACUUAGCAGCAGGAUUCAAAGUGUAGUUAUUAAUAUGUUUGUGGCUUCCAGAAAUGUUUAAACCCAAAAAGCAAGAAAGAAUAGAUAGGUUGAUGUGAUAGCACUACAAAGGUCUUGGUUGAACAAGUAUUGUUUCUUGCAUUGAGUCUUCUGAUUUAGUGGUGUAGGUUAUCGUAGCCUUAGUUAUUGUUAUUAUUUGUUGAGCCUCUGUUAUGUUUCUCAGUGCAGGGGAAAACCUUGUCUUAGAAUCUUGAUAGUAUUGAGGUUAUGCCAAGUUAGCACAGGGUAGAGCUUUGUCCAGUUACUUGUCCUCACAUCCUCUGACUUAGAGCAGGGUAGAUCCUUGUCUAAGAGUCUUUAUAAUAGAAUCUUCAACCUCAGUAUAGAGGAGACAGUUCUUUUUAGUUACUUAAGUAUUGAAUCUUCCAUCUUAGCACAGGGGAGAUCUUUGUCUAAGAAUCUUGAACAGUGAAUCUUGCAACCUAGCACAGGGGAGAUCCUUGUCUAAGAGUACUAGAGAAUCUUACAAUUUACACAGGGAUAUAAUGUUUUUUGUUAGUUAAGUAUUGAAUCUUCCAUCUUAGCACAGGGGAGAUCUUUGUCUAAGAAUCUUGAGCAGUGAAUCUUAUAUCUUAACACAGGGGAGAACCUUGUCUAAGAGUACUAGUGAAUCUUACAACUGAACACAGGGAUAUAAUGUUUUUUGUUAGUUAAGUAUUGAAUCUACCUUCUUAGCACAGGGUAGAUCUUUGUCUAAGAAUCUUGAGCAGUGAAUCUUAUAUCUUAGCACAGGGGAGAUCCUUGUCUAAGAGUACCAGAGAAUCUUCACACAGGGUAGGUCUUUUUAAUAGUGUAGUUUUAAGUUCUCCAUCUUAGCACAGAGGAGAUCUUUGUUUAAGAAUCUUUAUACUAGUGAAUCUUGCGGCUUAGCACGAGAGAGAUCCUUGUCUAAGCGUCCUUACUGUUGAAUCUUGCAGCGUGGAACAAGAGAGAUUUUUGUCCACGUUGCCCAGCUUUAGUACAUACAGAGAAGUUCCUUGUUUAGUAUACGUCACUUUAGAAUCUUCUGACUUAGCGCAGGGUAGAUCCUUGUUUAAGUUACUGCAUCGUUGAGUCUUUUUAUUUCACCAGGGAGAACAAUGUCAUGACCAGCGUGUUGUUUAUAAUGUUAUGUUGUGAGGGAACAAGUGAGUGGCUGCAGGAACACUUGAGCCACUUAUUCAUAUUUCUGUCAUGUUGAAAGAAACAAAAAAAUAAAAUAAAAAAGUAUAUAUAUAUAAUGAAAGAAAUAUAUUUGUGAAAGAUUUGUUAGUGUGUGUGUGUGUGCGUGUGUGUGUGUGUGUGUGUGUAUAGCAGCAAUCAGAGUGCCGUCUCAUAUCUGUAUUGAUUAGUCUUAAGAUGAGUUCAGCAGCACGAGGGUGUCUCAAGCCAUCUCAGGCCCAGCCAGGACUCGUGAUAUCAUGUGUUCUGUGUUAUUCCCAGGUUUUAUAGAUAUGAUUCUGUUGAUUUUGUCACAGAUUUUAUAGAUAAUUCUGCUGUUUUUUUUUUUCUUUUUUCUUUUUCUUUUUCUUUUCAUUGUGGUGUUGACUGUGAGAGAUUCAAAGGCUGUGUGUGUGUUUGUUGGCAAUACCGCAGAACACUGAGUGCAUUGACCUUCUGUUGGAUUGUCCCUACUAUAUAAUGUAGGCUUUAUUCCAGUGCCGUUGAUUGUAUCUUUAUCGUGACUGUACAAGUAACAACUCACAGGUUAGUACAUCUGUAUAUCAGUAUGCAAUAUUUUAUCAAGAAUUCCGUCGCCCUUGUAAACAGACUGCCUAUGUAAUUUUUUGGCAAUAUAAUCUGAUGCACAUUUUGAAAUAGCUGCCUUUGCCCUUCAAGCUGUUCUAGAAUUUGCCUUGACAUUUCUGCCAUAUCAUGAGCCAAAUGAGAAAAUGAGUUUUUAUCCAUUUCCCAAGGAGUUGAAAAAUGACUUGGACAGUUUGUUUAUGAGGGUGAUGACAUGCAAUGUAGAUAUUGUUUAUACUUGGUUCACUUUGUAUUUUAUUAUGAUGCAAUUCUUUCCCCAAAGAGUUACAAGUUACAAAUUAGUGCAUCUAUACGUCUGCCAGUAUCCAAUUUUACUUUUAUUGUAGUCUGGAGAUGCUGUGAUUUAGAAGCUUUGUAGAUUCAGUUUACCUUACACCUUAUCAUAAUGUAAACCUUCCCCCAACAAGGCAUAAUAUUAUAUGACAGAAUGCAGAUAUCAAGCAGCAUACCAUUUUAUUGUCUAUGCAAACUUUGUCCUUGGCCUACAGUAAGUAAAAAUUAGCAUACAUAUACUUAGCAAUAUCCAGACAAAUUACUGUAUGACUAUUUUUUUAUAUAUAUAUGAAUCCAGGUCAACUUUAUCAUAACCCAAAUCAUUCUAUUGCCCUCCAUGAGUUACAAUAUUCACAUCAAAGUCAGUGUAAAGUUCUACAAAAAGUUUUAGUCAUAUUGAGGUGCGAAUAGUGUAAGCAAAGAUUAACGCUACAUUUUACAAUUUUUCCGUCUUUCAUACAUGAUUAUGUUAUGUCUUUCUGUGAUGGUUGAGCUUAGUUUGUUAUUAUCUCUGUAGUUGUGAUAUUGUAGGAUAAUAGUUGAUUUAUCAUGAUUCUGCAGCUGUAUAUUUCUUUCCUCUACACUGUAAGAAUGUGUUGAUGGUCAGGUGGUGGUCGUUCAUGUAAAGAGCAAGAGAACAGUGCUGUGUAAUGUCUCAGAGUAGAAGAACAGGGGCAUGCAAGGAGAGUAUAUGGAAAAGAAUAGAUAAAGGAACUGUGUGAGAGAGGGGUGUAGAAGCAGAUGUAAAUAGUUCAUAAUUAGUGAAAAUACAGAGCACCCUUACUUAGACUGCUGGUGUGGCCUUGCUCAGUUUGGAAAUUUUUCCCCCAAGGCUCAAGGAUAAAUUUAUGAGAGGAGGAGACUACAAGAGGCCAGUUUUGUACACGACAGCUCCUGCAAACCAGUUAUUUACCAUGUACCUUCACCAGCCAUAAAUAUGUCAUGUCAACAUUGGCAGCCUUCACAGUGACUAUUGUUGGUACAGUAAUUCAUUGCUGGAUGAGUUUAUUAGUAAAUGAUAAAUUACUUUUAUGAGAGACAAUUAAUGUAAUACUUUGUAAUAACUUUGUAUGAAAAAACUGUGACCAUCCUCAACAUAUUGUAUUGCAAAAAAUGUUUACUGGAAUCUGUAAUCAAAGUUAUGCCCAAAAACACAUCUCAUGUUCAAAAUAUCAUGUGUUUUGUAUAAGAAAACUGUAACUGGAAUAAGUCUCCUGAGCCAAUGUUCUUUGACACCACCAGUACUUGCCCAGUGUCAAACUUCCUCAUUGAUAUUUUAGUAUAGCAAGCCUCUGUUGAACGAACCCUAUAAAAAUAUUUCUUUAAUUAAACCACAUAGAUCUAGCUAUAAAACAUUUUUACAAUGUUACAAUAUAUAUUUUUAUUUGAUUGGUUUCUUGUUCUUAUUUGAUGAAACAUUUCUUCAAUUAAAUUUAAGUCGAGUUUUUGUAUGUUUAAACAAUAUUAACUACUACUAUAAUGAAUGAUUUUUUGCUUAUAUUUGAUCUAGCACCUUGUAGCCAUCAAUAACUUCUGGCAUAAGAAAACACUGAUGCAGAGUUUGUUAAAUCGAGUGUUUGCUGUACUAAUCCAUACUCGCACAAUGGCUGAAACUGAAAUUGAAGCCUCUUAAAGCACCACCGACCAGAACAAGAUUGAUGAAACAACAGAUUGUAUAAUGUGUUUGUUGAUGUGUGUGGUGUUGUCAAGGCUGUGGUGGUGGUGGGCAGAGUGUUGCUCCAUCCCACACCACGCCAGAGUUUGCCCUGCCGGGGGUGUGAGGGGCACGGGUGGUGACCUCACAGUGACCCGGCCAAGUGAAUCUCAUGCAGCAGACACUAGUUGUGCUCUGCAUGUAUGACGCCUUGUAUGGAGGGGGUGAAUGAAGUGCAAUCGUCCA